AUGUUCAAGGUGGUGCUGCAGGAGGAGGAGGAGGAGGAGGAAGAGGGGGAGGAGGAGAAGGAGAAGGAGGAGGAGGAGGAGGAGAGGGAGAAGGAGGAGGAGGAGAAGGAGAAGGAGGAGGAGAGGGAGAAGGAGAAGGAGGAGGAGGAGGAGGAGAAGGAGAAGAUGAGGGAGAAGAAGAAGGAGAAGGAGGAGGAGGAGGAGGAGAAGAUGAGGGAGAAGAAGAAGGAGAAGGAGGAGAAGGAAGAGAAGAAGAAGGAGAAGGAGGAGAAGGAAGAGAAGGAGGAGAAGAAGAAGGAGAAGAAGAAGGGGAAGAAGGAGGAGAAGAAGAAGGGGAAGGAGGAGAAGGAAGAGAAGGAGGAGAAGAAGAAGGAGAAGAAGAAGGGGAAGAAGGAGGAGAAGAAGAAGGGGAAGGAGGAGAAGGAAGAGAAGGAGGAGAAGAAGAAGGAGAAGAAGGAGGAGAAGAAGGAGGAGAAGAAGAAGGGGAAGGAGGAGAAGGAGGAGAAGAAGAAGGAGAAGAAGGAGGAGAAGAAGAAGGGGAAGGAGGAGAAGGAAGAGAAGAAGAAGGAGAAGAAGGAGGAGAAGAAGAAGGGGAAGGAGGAGAAGGAAGAGAAGAAGGAGAAGAAGGAGGAGAAGAAGAAGGAGAAGUAG